GUCAUUCUUUGUAAACAAAACUACCCUCAAAUGCUUUCCAGGAGGUUCCGAUUUCAAAAAUAUCAAAUGAGAAAAAAGCAUUUGUUCAUUACAUAGAAGUCUGGAUACGAUGAAAUUUUACUGUCAUAUCUGAAAACAAUGCCAUCUCAUAGCCUCAACACAAAAUUUGUCAAUGCAAAGCAAAUUGAACGGCUCUGUUCUGUUUCACAAGAUAUUAUAUACUCUGCUUCUGAUGUUUCAAGUAUUACUAGUGCUUCUGAUAUUAAACAGGUAAAAGAGAUAGUGAGAACUAAUCAAUGGACUGUUGAUCACCCAAUUCGGAAAAAUUUGUGGGAAACACUUUGCAAUCAAGUUUCUGGAGAAUGUCAUGUUGAUAUUUAUAAUGAGCUAGUCAAAGAACUGUUUGGUGAUGAUGGAGAUAACUACUUUCCAUCUAGUCUGCCAUCUUUUGUAGACCCUGCUUAUUGCAUUCGCUAUUACCUGAACACAGAUGGAAAGAAAAAUGCUGAAACAAUUUUGCAGGUUAUUCGCCAAGCAAAACCUGAUAUUACUUACUGCCCUAUAUUGUACCCAUUAGUCUGUGUUUUUUUACAUUAUAUGUCCGAAGAAAUGGCCUUUUCAUGCAUCAUGAAAUUGCUGUCAGACAGGCAAAACUACAUCUCGCAAACCAAGUCUGAUCAUUCUGCUUCAGCCUAUCUAGUCAUGAAACUUUGCAAGAAAUAUGCAAAAAAUGCAUACACUCAACUUGAGAAAGAAUUAAAAGAACAUGAAGAUUUGGAGAGUAUGUUCCAAAAUUGGCUAUCAUGGAUAUUUAAGGGUUUGCCAUUUCCUCACUUGGUACGAGUAGUAGAUUGCUUUUUGGUUGAUAAAAAGAAGGGCCUUUACCGCAUUGUUAUUGCAUUACUCAUUCUUUAUCAUAAAAAUGCAGAUAAAGUUGACAGUGAUGAUCUUGGAAGUUUGCAGAAGUUGCUAGAUUUUUUUCAAAAUAUACCAGUGCCUAUAGAAAAAGUUUUUAAGAUUGCAUAUGGCAUACGAGGCUUCAGUGAGAAAAUAGUAAACCAGCAGCUCCUUAAAGUUCAGAUGACUUUGAAAAGUCAAGCUAAUUUGUCUGAACGAUCCAUGUCAGCUGACAGAUUACCCUCUUCACAAUCAGCAUACCAUUUGCAAGUGAAUUCAUCUGCCCAACCUGUUAUUCGGGAGUUGAGAUUAGAUUCUUUAUCUCGAACAAGAUCUGUGGGUGUUGUUGCUUUAGGCAAUUUUAAAUCAAGCAUCCUUUCAGCUGAACAGAUGAGUAUCAUUUGGAGCUGGAUCCCUAUAAGAGUCUCCAUGUUGCAACCUGAAGUGAUCUAUUCAUCAAAUGAACAUGGAGUUUGCCUUACUGCUUUUUAUAUGGCUGUUGGCUCAUAUGAACCUACGAUUCUGGUUAUAAAAGCCAUGAAUGAUGAGGUGUUUGGCGCUUAUUGCUCUACAUCUUGGAAUGCCAGAAACUCAUGUGAUGGGGAAAAUAAGAGGCAUACAUACUUCGGCACUGGGGAGACAUUUCUGUUUACAAUAGUUCCAGAAGUGAAGAAGUAUCCUUGGGUGGGCAGUGAAAGUGGCUCAGAUGUGCCUCAUUCUGCUAAAUUAUUCAUGGCUGCAGAUAAUCGCAUGAUAAAUGUUGGUGCUGGGAAUGGCCAAGGUCUUUUGCUAGAUGAUAAUCUGCUGUAUGGAAGAACUGAACAUUGUGAUACCUUUGAUAAUGAGCCAUUAUGUAGCUGCAAGGAUUUCCAGUGCAAAAUAGUUGAAGUCAUAGCUUUUAAAUAAGUUUGCAGAAUAGCUAUUCCUUUUAUGUAUGUAUGUUUGUAUGUGUGUGGUGUAAAUAUAUACGAUUACAUCUAUUCUGUUUUGUACUUGUUCUAUAUCUAAAAUGCCAGCCAUGUCCUUGAGAUUGUUUUUGGAACUAUUGUUCCAUUUUUUUUUAUUUGUUUACAUAUUUCAAUAAUCGUGUAUUUUAGCUGCGAUUUUUGAUCAAAUGAUUUGACAUUUUAUUUUAGCAGAAGUGCACAAAACUAUUAUUGUGUACUCUAUCUAUGACUAAUCCAUGACACAUAUUUAUUAUAAUUUUUUAAAAAUCUCUUGAAUAUAUGAAGUUAUGGAAUAGUAAGGGUUUUGGCGAGGAAUAGUAAGGGUUAUGGAAUAGUAAGGGUUAAGGCAAUUAAAAUUAAAAGUAAAUUGCCUGAAAAUAAUUAUCAGAUAAUUUUGAAAAACUGAAUUUUUUCAACAUUAUUUUAACAAUCAUAUUAUACAAAUGCUGUAAAUAGGAUACAUUUCUUAACUGAAUUUAUUUGCAAUGGCCUUAUAACUUAAUUGUAUGGAAAUUCAUGUAUUUUCUAAUUUUAAGACUCUUUCUUAUAUCAUUAUAUUACUUAUUUAAUGAUUUAAAAUUAAUAUAUAACUUUGGCAAUAAUUAUUAGAAAAUUAUAAUUAUUACAAAGGAAUCUCUUCUCGACAGCUAGAUGAUCUUUAUUUUGUCUGAACCUCUAUUGCUAAAACAGGAGUAGCAAACUCAUUUGUGAUCAUUCUGUUCAUUACAGUAACUGAUUGACAUAUAUAAUUAGAAAGUUCUUUUUUUAUUUGUUUAGAAAUAAAAAAAAAAUGCUUGAAAGUAGGGGAAAAGUAACACUUUCAAUACACAUAAAUAAUAAUCUUGCAGUUUUUUUUAUGCAAGAUUAUAUUAAUUUUAUAUUUUUAAUGUUUCCCUUUUGAAAACACUGCUCACUAGAAAAUGAGAGGAGCUGUGUUAUUUUACAAUUAAUAUUUUUACAGUGCUUGAAAUUUGAAAUAAAUAAUUAAAAAUUCUUUUCAUGAAUUACUUUUUGUAAUUUUACUUUCUUUUCAUAUUCCUCAAACAUAUUUAUGCAACAAAAAAAAAAGAAAUCAAAGAAGUGGGUAUUUUAUUACUAUAAAAUGCUGUGAAGAGAGAUUUUUUUUAAGUGUUUAUACAUUUUUUAAAUAUUUUAGGAUCAAAUAUGGAAAUUUUUUUUGUAUUAUUGCCCAAUAGCUCCUUUCUUUCAUAUCAAAAAUGCUAUCUUAAAUCAGAUGCACAUGUUUGUUUUUUUAGUUUGUUUGUUUGUUUUACUGACAAUAAUAAUGAAGUAUGCCUUUUCUUGCUUCAAAUGCAUGUGUUUAAUUUGUUUUUCAAACAGCCUAUCUGUUACUGUUGUUUGAGAUUACAGUAUUUUUGAUAUUUAUAGUUCAGUAUUACUUUUAUAGAAAAUAUGCAGUAUUUUCCUCUUCUCUCUUUCUUUCUGAAUAUAAAUAUUGUUAUUUAAAGUAUUUUAUUAAUUGAAAACACGUUUAAGUGAUUUUUUUUGUUUGCUUUCAUCACAAUUGUAUGAUAUAACUAUGCAUUCCUGAAAAAGAACAAAUGUAUUUAUGAAAGAAUCAUUUCAUGUACUACCUAGUGUCUUAUAAGUAUCGAGAAUUGUCUGAAUUCACUUUACUUGGAUAUUGUUUGUUUUUAUGUAUAUUUAAAUUCAUAGAAGCUUAUUUCUUAUUUAUUAUUACUCUUAGAUUAUUAAAAAUCACUUGUUGUUUUAUUUGUAAACCAAAUUAUUAAGUUUUGGUUUUACAACUUCUGCUGAAGAACUGUUAUAGCAUUCUUGAAUUUAUCCUUGUAUAUUCUUAAAUUAAAUAGCAUUUUUAAAAAUAAAUUGGUUAGAAGUUUUAAUAGAAAAAUUCUUAAUAUUUUAAAAUCAUGUUUUUUUAUUUAUUUUUAUAUGUGUGAACUUAUUCAUAGAAUAAGCAAUGUCUGAUUUAUGCAUGUAUCUAGGAGCUUUUAUGGUAUUUUCUUGUUUUAGGUAAAUUCCAUUAAGGAAAACUACCGACUUUGGUUUUAUUCCUUAUUGUAACUUGCUUCUGGUGGGAAAUAUUUUUUUGCUACUAUGAAAUAAAUGCAUAUAUAUUUCUUUAUGCAUAUGAUCCUUAUAGAAAUAUUUAUGUGCCAACAAAGUCAUUUAAAUAGUUUUUGUUCCUAGAUUUCUUUCCUUUUACUUCAUUAAAUGAUUCGGACUCUUUUAUAAUGAAAGGCAUUUCAUUAUUAUUAGUUUUCAAUAUCUUCGAUUCUGACAGAUAAUCUGAUAUUUGUUAACAUAAUGAAAUUUUUCAAAUAUAAUAUGGAAAAAAAAUGGAUCCUAAGAAACUCCAUUGUAGAUGUAUUUGGUUGUUGCAGUCACUAAAUUCAAGAGACAUUUGUCCCUAUUUCCUUUAAUUCUCAAAUAAAUUAUUUGUUUACUUAUGGAAAUCUUUAAAAAAGGUUUGUUUUUUCCCUAUAAAUCGAAAAAGUAUUUUCAUUGAUUAAACCAGUCAUUUUAAAUUUGUAAAUUAAUUAUUAAUCUUUGAACUGUUGAAAAACAAUGUUAGUAUUUAUGGUAGCUGCUUAUAGCUCAUAAUAUAGUAGACUCUUAAUUCAGGGAUAGGAAGACCAAAUAAGGAUUCUUUUUAAUGAAAUUUUACAAAUGGUUACUUUCAACCUCUUCAGACAAGAAAAACUCUCUUUUUCCUCUCCUACCAAAAUAGCCCUUAUUCAUAUUUUCUUAUCACAUACUGAUGGUCAAUAAUUUUUUAAUGUUUGUUACAUACAUUUUAGAAACACAUUACAGAAAAAGGAAGUCAAACUAUAAAAAUAUUGUGUUCAUCUAUAUGAAACAUAAAAUCAUACACUGUAUGAAUACAUUUAAAAUAAAUAAAAUAUUAAUGCCAAUCUCGGUAAAAUUAUUCCUCAUUUUGUUACAGAUUACUUUUUUUUACUGGUUUGGAUAGUUAGGAAUUUACUGUAAAUGAUUUUUCAAAGUGCUAGUUCUUAACCAAAAUUUUUUAAUUCAUUACAUAAAAGCACAGUAGAACUUUUUUUAAGAAAAAAAAAAAGUAAUAAGCUUCUGUAGAUUUCUGUUUGGAAUUAAUGAAAUUUUAUAUUUCAAAAAUGAAGGAAUUGUUUUGCUUGGAAAUAUUUGUAUGUUUGAAUUUUAAUUAUGAGUGUGUUAUAUUUGGAAUAUAUAUUUCAGAAAUAAUUCUUUUAUUAACUGCUUAUAUUUAAAUGAAUUAUUUAUUUUGCUCAAUAUACAUUUUUCCCCCAUGAACUAUUAAGUAUCCCCCCCCCCAUCAGGAUUUAUAUAUAUUGGAAAUAUUUGAAACCAUGUUAUUUGAAUGAAGCCAUUAAUUACAACAUAUUUUGAUUUUUAUUUUAAUCAUGUUUCUAUGAUUUCUUUUAAUGUAUUGAAUUAUUUGAUAGUUUUUUAGUAGUUUGUUGGUACAGAUUGUUUGAUAUAUCUAAACACUAACUAAGUGUUGCUAUUCAGGUGUAGCUAUUACUGUAUGUGUGUGCUCUACAUUAUCUGUGAUUUAAAAUCUCUAUCUGAGUAUGUACAUAUAUAUUUAAUCUAUUUAAUAGAGUGAUAAAUAAUUGUCGUGUACAUACAGUUUAAAUUUGUUGAUACAGUGGAUCAAGUAUGGCUUAUCUCAGUUUUUAUUGUGCCAUAAAAGUUUAACGAAACUCAAAUAUUUUAUUCGUUAAAUUUUAAUUUGCCACAUUUUUUUUCACUACUGAAAGACGAAUUGAGAUUAGUUACAUAAUAUGUGUUAAUUUUAUUUCUGAUUCGAACAAAAGUGUUACUUUUGAUUUCGAAAUUUGUGUUUUUUAUUGAUCUCUAAUCUUUAAGAAUCUUAUAUUAAUGUUUUUAUGAUAUUUGUUGAUGUUAAUCUUAUUUACAAAUAUGUGUAAUUAUAGGUAAUUUUUUAUUACUUAGAUUAGAAAAAUAUAGUUUUGGUAUUUGUAAGUCCUCUUAAGUAUUUGAUGAAAUUUAUUUCAGUGUACUUGUUUGUUCAGAUUUGUGCAAACCUGUAAUUUAAUUUUAUCCUUCUGCUAUUAUUUAUCAUAUAAAGAAGGAUUUUUAAUUUUUUUAAACUUUAUUAUGAAGGUUUUAUGGUGUUCUUUACUAUUACUGAUUGAAAUUUUCAAUCUUUAAGUUGCAAAAAUGAUUUUACUAUAAAUGAGUUUUCUUGCUGAGUUGAUAUUCAAAUCAUGUUUUUUCAAAUAAUCAUUUUAAAUUUAUUUUGAAGUAAAAAUGAUAAAAUGUUUGUUAAGAUUUAUUUAAAGAUCAGUAUUUACUUAAAUAAAAUAGCAUUCCACUAAAAAUUGCCUUUAAAAUGUUUUAAGUUAUUAUUUUGAAAAUAAUCUAUUUAGAAGGCAUUCUUAUUACUUUUUAAUAUUAUGGGUAAUAUUUUUGUAUUUUGCUAUCAUUCCAAAUGUUCUGGUUGACUAUUUGUUGUCUAACUUAGCAAGUCUUAUUUUACAUUUUUAUCGACUUAUUAAUGUCACUUGUACCAUGAAACUGAAUAAAUGUGCUAGUCACUGCAAUUAAA